AUGCAGUCACUCAACAAGCUCUUCCCGCCCAUUAUAAUGGUCACAUCAUCGUCGUCUGCCGCGGAUACGCCCUCAACAUCUCCAAACGUCGGAAGCGUACUGCGUACCUCCGCGACUUCGAAGCUCCAUGUUGAGAUGAUUGAAGACGACGAUGACGAAGACUGCGAGUGUCCUGCUUAUAUUAAGUCGCUCGGUCCUAAGUUCCGCGGAGUCGAGGAGUUGGUCACUCAUCCAAAAGCAGGCGACGAUGGCUUUGGCUUGCUGAACCACAUGGCUUCGUCCUCUCUGAGCUCCAAUUUCGACUACGAGGGUGAGCUCAAAGACUACAAGCAUAUCCAAAGGAUUCUCUUGGAGAUGGGCGGCGAAUGCGAAGCGCUCGCUGAUCUCCCAUACAUUCACUCUUACUUCCGUGCAGAGAUGCCAGAUGGCAGCAAGAUGAUCAUGGCAAAGCUGUAUGAUGCAUAUGCGAAACACCAGACAGGAUAUCCAGCUUUCCAGGGUAACAAAGUCGGCGACGAGGUUCUACAGAACGUCUUGGACCUAGCAUGCGAUGUGUCCAAGCACAUGCCACAUUUGCUUCUCCUCAAGAAGGACGCAGCUAUUGUGGAUGAAGAAGAGCCUCGCCUGAACAUUGGUUGUUUUGAGCAUCCUCGGCAGUUUCCAGCAGUGUGGAAUGAAGACUUUGACGAGAUUCCGUUGCCUCUUGGAGAAGAACUUGUGGUUAUCGGGCUAAGUCGCUCCGGUACCCAACGCACGACCACGUACGAGACGAUGAAAGUUCGCAAGGAUAUGCCAGCCGAUCCAAUAGUAUUUUCAUCUUGUCAAAAAGGCUUUGAAGCAGCCCGCGCGCUCGCAGAAUAUCAGAACGACGAUGAGCAGAUUCGCCGAGCUACACCAAUCCCUGACUGCGACCGGCCUUGUUUUGAGGGAGGAUUACCACUAGACGACGUACCAACAGCAGAGUGGGACCAUCUUUACGAUCUUCCAGGCGAAAACGAUGGAUUCGUCCAAGGCAUCCUGGAUAGACUGGAGAAGCUACGCGCUGAACCCGAGAAGUACGAUCGAUUAGUCGCAAAUGAUUCACACGAGUAUGCGGCCGGCAGUAUCCUUGGAGAUCGAAAAGGUCUCGAAGAGAGCAUGAUCGCUGGACUCUGGAACAACUUAUACCAUCAAGAGGAGUGUGACACCGAGGCACUACGCGAACAGGGGCUGCUCGAUCCCGAAGAUGACUUUGGCGACAACCCAGAGUACAUGAAGGCGAAGCAACUGUGGUGGGAGCAGAAGAUGGGCAUCCGCGGCACUGAAGCUAUUGUCCGGUAUCACAUGAAACAUAUUCGUUCACGACGACGCCCCAACCGAGCUGCAUACUUUUUGACCGAGGAAGACGAUGCCACUCUGAAUCGCAAUUCGCCAGAAUACCCAGCAUCGCGUGCUAAACCCGUGGAGGUUCCUCAAGAAUAUCGAAUCUACAACGAGCUUCAUGACAGCCCAGUGGAUUGGAAGGCAAAGUCUGAACGCUGGAUUCGGGUGUGGCGUGUCUCAGUUACCAACAUCGUCCAACACGACGACUUCGACGAGGAGUGUCGCGAGCCCUACGAUGCGCUCGUGGAGUACCAAGACAGCCGCGAACCGGGCUGCGAAGCGCACGAAGAGCCAGAAGAGUUUGCACGCCCACUACUUGCGGGGCGCCGUGUUCCUACCAUGGCUGCGCUGCAGCGGAAACGCAGCGAUUCGGGUGUUCAGCUAGAUAGCAUCACUGGUCCCGUUGGCCUAAAUGCUGGUUUCAAUUGUGCACCCGGCAAGAUUCCCGCGGCUCCUCCGCUUGUCAAUCACAGCGCUUCUGUAUUGAACUCUACAGCUCGCACGUCAGGCGGACUCAUGGAGCAUAUCCUGAAGGUUCGCGAUGAUGAGGAAACCGAUCCGGCUGACGCGGUGGCUAAUGCGCCUUCUCCAAAUUUCCUUAAGGCGUUCCUGGAAAAGAAGAAGAAUCGCAAUGCACCUUCUUCAAAAUUUCUCAGGGCAUUCUUAGAGAAGAAGGCCUUUGGAGGUGUUGUUAAAUCCAGCAUCCAAGUUCCGCCUGGCAUUCUCGCCGACUAUUCGGCAGUUGAGGAUGAACUUCGUGAUCAAGAAUCAGGCAUGCCCUGUAACUUGAUGCAACACAAUGCACCCGGUCCUGUCCCCAUCCAGGGACGCGUCUGGGUACGCUCAUCGAACCCCGAGAUGAGCCGUGAACAAAAUCGCGAACAGCAGGUCACUGUUCGGGAUGGUAUCGCUCUGACCCGGCCGAGAAAUGAUGCGGAGAACCGGUUGAUGGAUUUACUGCAUCUACCUGUCAGCAAGGCUGACUCCAUACAUCGCCCUCGAAGGGAAUGA